UUUGGCAACGUUCACACUCACUCGGACUUGAAGAACGUCGUCUGUGUUCUGCCUCGUGUGAGAAAACUGGAAAAGACUAUCUCUGUGUGUUGCUUCAGUUAAUGGAUUUUUUUCCUCAACAAGAAACAAAUUGUGUCUGUAUACAUGAGUUGCGUGCGAGUAAAGCAAUAACUUAGACUCCAAUCUUCAGCGCUAGAUGGCGGACGGAUGUUUUUAAAUUGUGGAUGGAUGUUUUGACGUUUUACAACUUCAAUUUACGCCAUAAUACGGUAUAUUACGAAGUAAUACGGCCAUACGUUUUAUUUUGUUCCAAUUAAUUUGUAUUUCUAUUUAUGAACGGUUUUCGGUAGGGACUUGUAAGAUUCAGUGUUGACAAUAAUGGCUGCCAGUGUUUCUUCAAGACAAAAACGCAGACGCAUUCAGCAAAUAUUGGUUAACGGAAGUGCGUUUUACCAGGAAGAUGCCGAGCAAUAUUCCUCUGCUAACCAAAGUGUGACUGGUGCCAGUGAAUCAAACAGUGAUCAAAGUGAUAUAUUACAUAACAACUCAUUACAAGAUUAUUGCAUUGCAGAAGUUGUCGACAGUGACAUGAAUCAUAGUGAUACAGAACCUGACAGUGACAGCGAUGAUGAAAUUUAUGUAGACUGUGAAGAAGAAACUGAAACGUGUUAUGAAGUGGAGGAAGAUGACACAUUUUUCGACUGUGAGGAACACAAUAUUAACACAUGUGAGUUUCGUGAAAGUCUUGCCUCUUGGGCUGUUCAGUGCCAGAUUCCGCAAUCGCAUGUAGACAAAUUACUUGUGCUCCUGAAAUCAUUCUCAGACUUUGACACAUCCAACCUUCCUAAAAGUUGUCGAACACUUCUGAAAACUAUUCGUCGCACUGCAACAAAAGUAGUUGGCCCAGGACACUACUAUCACUGUGGUGUUGAAAAAGGAAUCCUGUCAACUCUUCAAAGAAUGCAAGUGAAACGCAUUCCUUCUAAACGUAUCAAAUUGCUGAUAAAUGUUGACGGUGUGCCCAUAGCUAAAAGUUCCGGUAGCCAAUUUUGGCCGAUUCUGGGUAGACUUAGUGGCUUUCCACAUUCCAAACCUUUCUUGAUAGGUAUCUAUCAUGGGCCUUCCAAGCCAUCUGAUGCAAAUGUUUUCCUUGCUGAUUUCACAACAGAAAUAUUAGAUUUGCUUGAAAAAGGCAUAUUGUAUAACGGUGAGGUACUGACACUCGUUAUAUUUGGAUUUGUUUGCGAUGCGCCGGCAAGGGCUUUCAUUGCUUACACAAAAACACACAGCGGUUAUUUCAGUUGCUCAAAGUGUACAGAGGAAGGGGAUUUUGAAGGUAGAAUCGUAUUUUUGAACGAGAAAGCCCCAUUGCGUACCGAUGCAACUUUUCGAAGUCAACGACAAGACGAGCAUCACACAGGUCGGUCAAUUUUAGAGCAGUUGCCAAUUGAUAUGGUGGCCACCUUUCCCCUAGAUUACAUGCACCUUUGCUGUUUGGGGGUCAUGCGUAAAUUGUUGUGGCAAUGGAUAAAAGGUCCUCUUUCGUGUAGAUUAAGCCAAACUCAGAAAAACACAAUCUCGAGCUUUUUAAUUUUUUUGGCAAGUUACAUUCCUUCAGAAUUCAGUCGUAAAUCGCGGUCGUUAGCAGAAUUAGCAAGGUGGAAAGCCACCGAACUAAGAGAAUUUUUAUUGUAUACUGGUCCGAUUGUAUUGAAAAAUGUGCUACCAAAACGCCUUUACGAACAUUUCCUUCUUUUUCAUGUUGCAGUCAAACUUUUGGUAGCACAACAUUUCUGCAAAGAGUUUAACGACUACGCCAAACAGUUGCUUGUGUUGUUCGUGACGGAGGCAAAAGAAAUUUACGGCAAAGAAUUUCUCAGCUACAACGUUCAUAAUUUAAUUCACUUGGCAGACGAUGUACGUCACUUUGGCAAUCUUGAUUCUUUCAGCGCUUUUGCUUUCGAAAACUAUCUGCAGGACAUUAAACAUCUUUUGCGAAAACAUAAUCAACCCUUAGCCCAAGUUAUCCGAAGACUUGAUGAGAUCCAGUUAAAUCUAGUACCACGGAUAAAUUGUGCUGUCUCACCUUUCGUAUUGAAAAAGAAACACACUCAAGGGCCGAUGAUAAAUGGCUGUCGUGGCGUUCAGUUCAAGUUUCUCCAAUGUCACUCAUGGACUUUUCGUACAGAUAACGAUGCAGAUUGUUGCGCAAUUCUUCAGGACCAAACGAUUGUAAAAUUGCCAAUUUAUUGA